GGCCCGGCCGUGCGCUGCGGCCGCGACCACCCGUCCCUCAGGGCCGGCUCCGGCCGCACCUGGGCCUGUCCGGCGGGACGGCGAGGGCCCGGCCGAGUGCGGGGCGGGCAGCGGUGGGCGAGUGGCGUGGGGCGUUGCGGAGAGCUGGAGAUGGAGGGAGCGUGAGGCCCCCUCCUAGCUCCUCGGCGGCGGCGGAGGAGCCGGGGCCGUUGCUUGGUGCCGAUUUGACGUUGCCCUGCUCUCUCCCGGUGCCCCUACUCCAGCGCCGGCCCGGGUUUGCCCUGGAAGAUCGCAGUUCUUCCUAGGGUUGGUGGACGUGGCCGAGAAUGCUUGGCCCAGUGGAGGUCAGCAGCAGGGGGUGAGAGAAGCAGCGUGCCUUGGACACCCGGCGCCACCCCGGUGUCCAGCCAGGGUGGUGGUGGUGGGGGGACCUUUGUCACUGCAGGGAAAGGCGGCAGCCGGUGGCACUGGCUUAUCACUGUUGUCAUCGCGUCCUUGAGCAACCCUGGCACGUGACCUUGUGUCUGCUGUCCGCGAAAACCUAGUUGGUGUGGCCUCGGCCUGCUCCAGGCAUCCGGGCUGAGCGUCCUGCCAUCUGCGCUUGCGUCACCUGCCUCCGGGAACGCUCAGGCCAGGGCCGGAACCUCCGCUCUCCACGCUCGCACCCACCUGCUUCUCUUCCGUUUUGCCUCUGCCGUUCCCAGCCCCUGCGGCGUCCGGGUCAGCUGACGGGCAGGGCACCAUGAACGCCAUCGUCGCCCUGUGUCACUUCUGCGAGCUGCACGGCCCCCGCACACUCUUCUGCACGGAGGUGCUGCACGCCCCGCUUCCCCAGGGGGCCGGGAGCGGGGACAGCCCCGGCCAGGGCGAGCAGGCCGAGGAGGAGGAAGGCGGCAUCCAGAUGAGCGGCCGCGUCCGUGCCCACAGCCCUGCAGAGGGGGCUGGCGCCGAGCCGGGCAGUGCGGGGCCCAGGAAGUCGGACAUGUGCGAGGGCUGCCGCUCUCUGGCCGCCGGCCACCCGGGCUACAUCAGCCACGACAAGGAGACUUCCAUCAAGUAUGUCAGUCACCAGCACCCCAACCACCCCCAGCUCUUCAGCAUCGUCCGCCAGGCCUGUGUCCGCAGCCUGAGCUGCGAGGUCUGCCCCGGCCGUGAAGGUCCCAUCUUCUUCGGGGACGAGCAGCACGGCUUCGUGUUCAGCCACACGUUCUUCAUCAAGGACAGCCUGGCCCGGGGCUUCCAGCGCUGGUACAGCAUCAUCGCCAUCAUGAUGGACCGCAUCUACCUCAUCAGCUCCUGGCCUUUCCUGCUGGCCAGGGUGCGGGCCAUCAUCGACGAGCUGCAGGGCAAAGCCCUCAAGGUGUUUGAGGCGGAGCAGUUUGGGUGUCCGCAGCGCGCACAGCGGAUGAACACGGCCUUCACGCCCUUCCUGCACCAGCGGCACGGCAACGCGGCGCGCUCGCUCACGUCCCUGACCAGCGACGACAACCUGUGGGCCUGCCUGCACACCUCCUUCGCCUGGCUCCUGAAAGCGUGCGGCAGCCGGCUGACGGAGAAGCUGCUGGAAGGCGCGCCGACCGAGGACACCCUGGUGCAGAUGGAGAAGCUGGCCGACCUGGAAGAGGAGUCGGAGAGCUGGGACAACUCGGAGGCCGAGGAGGAGGAGAAGGCCCCCGUGCUGCCCGGGGGCGCCGACGGGCGGGAGCUGACCAAGUGCCCGACAGACUCGUCCUUGCUCUCGGAGCGCGGCAGCUGGCAGCCCCGCAAGCCGACCGGCUUCAAGUCGCUGCGACACAUGAGACAGGUGCUGGGCGCCCAGUCCUUCCGCAUGCUGGCCUGGCACGUGCUCAUGGGGAACCAGGUGAUCUGGAAAAGCAGAGACGUGGACCUGGUCCACUCGGCGUUCGAGGUCCUCCGGACCAUGCUGCCGGUGGGCUGCGUGCGCAUCAUCCCGUACAGCAGCCAGUACGAGGAGGCCUAUCGCUGCAACUUCCUGGGGCUCAGCCCGCAGGUGCAGGUCCCCGCCCACGUGCUGUCCUCAGAGUUCGCUGUCGUCGUGGAGGUCCACGCGGCCCCCCGCUCCACCCUCCUCCCGGCCGGCCGCGAGGACGAGCAGCCUCUGAGCAAGUAUGAGUUCGUGGUGACCAGCGGGAGCCCCGUGGCCGCGGACCGAGUGGGCCCCACCAUCCUGAACAAGAUCGAAGCGGCUCUGACCAACCAGAAUCUGUCUGUGGACGUGGUGGACCAGUGCCUCGUCUGCCUCAAGGAGGAGUGGAUGAACAAAGUGAAGGUGCUGUUCAAGUUCACCAAGGUGGACAGCCGGCCCAAAGAGGAUACGCAGCGGCUCCUGAGCGUGCUGGGCGCGGCCGAGGAGGACAACGUGAAGCUGCUCAAGUUCUGGAUGACCGGCCUGAGCAAGACCUACAAGUCGCACCUCAUGUCCACCGUCCGCAGCCCCACGGCCUCCGAGGCGCGGAGCUGACCCGCGUCCCAGCCGGAGGGGUGGCUGGCACGGAGUGCGUCCCCUAGGAACGCGGGGUUGUGGGGAUGGGGACCGGGCCCGGCGCUGGGGCGCCCGUGAUGGGGAGGGCUCGGGGGCACACGCAGCUUGUGCCUCCCCGGGACUCGGGCAGAGUGGGCCCGUGCCGGCGUGGCCGCGAGCUCUCUGCAGGGUCCCGAGCCGAGCGCGAGCUUCCUGGGUCUGCGCAGUGACGUCGUGCGCGUCCCCGCCCCUGCGCUGUGGGAAUGCGCGCCCCGAGGCUCAUGGACUUGUCUCCUGGGGGGUUGCCUGCAGCGGCAGUGGAGCCGCCAUCCUUGCCGCAGGAGCACAGUGGUGGGGGGUGCUUGCCCCCUGUGCCGCCAGGGCUGCAGCCAGCAGUUCCCAGCAGUUCCCGCGGCUUCAUGCCCCUCCCCCGGCCCCACUGCCUCCAUGAGCGCUCGUGGCUUGGAGAGGUUGGCAGUUUGCUGAUCUGUUUGUAGUUUGUUUUUGUGUUCUUUUAAUUUAUGUUUAACACGAAGAUCAGGUUUAUAUGACUGGCUCUCUGUAGGAGGCCAAAAACAUUGAAACACAAUAAAGUAUUUUUCUAAGCU